AUGUUCGAGCAGCCCAAUACCCUCAAGUCUUCAACAUUGAAAGAAACUGGCAUCACAAGCUACCAAAGAUUCGAUGGGAACCCAUCACCUUCUACGAGGAAGAAGAAGAAGGGAUCCUCUACCCCCCAUGAUGAUCCAAUGAUCAUCCGAGUCGAAAUUGCCGACUUGGGCAUAGGACGAGUCUUAAUUGAUACGGGCAAUUUGGUCAACAUCAUCUUCGCCGAUAUCUUCGGGAAGUUGGGAAUAAACGAUAACCAUGUCAAUCGGCAGCUCACGCCCCUCCUUACUUUCUCUGGAGACUUGGUUCAGUCAGUCUGCAGCGUCAGCUUAACCGUUUCUUUUGGAGUGGCCCUACGAAAAACAAUGGUGUACGAUCAAUUCCUCAUUGUUGAUUGCCCAAAGGCAUACAAUGUCAUAAUACGCCGAACAACACUCACCAAGAUUAGUAGCUCUCAAGCCUCCCAAGGACACCCUCACCGUUGUAGGAACACCAAAUGGUAG